CCCAUUCUGGGUGAAAGAACUCACGGCCUAGGGACUUUUUUCAAAGAGAAGAGGGACUUCAAGAAGGCUUCCAAUCGACUCUCUUCGCUUUCCAGGAAGCAGAUUAGAAAUCCGGUCGCUGGUUAAGGGCGACUAAACGACCCGAGCUCCAGCCAGCAUUGGCCGCGUCUCGGUCACGUGAUCACCCCGCCCACUCGCCGAGCCCAUUGCCUCCCGGCCUUUUCCUCCGUCCGCUGUUCAGCCCUGCGCGCUUUAGGCGAUGUCAAAGGUUUGUGCCAUUUUUGGAGGUUCUAGAGGAAUUGGUCAGGCUGUUGCACAGCUCCUAGCACGGAAAGGAUAUUGCCUGGCUGUUAUAGCAAGAAAUCUGGACAGGGCUCAAGCUACUGUGGAUAGAUUAGGAGCAGGUCAUCUUGCACUGAGUUGUGAUAUCACCAAAGAAGAAGCCAUCCAAAAAACUUUUAAAGAAAUAGAGAACAAAUUAGGUCAUGUACGCUAUCUGGUUAAUGCUGCUGGUAUCAACAGGGAUGGACUACUAUUGCGAACCAAGUCUGAAGAUAUGAUAUCCCAAUUUCAGACCAAUCUUUUGGGAACCAUGUUGACAUGUAAAGCUGCUGUAAAGAGUAUGAUUCAACAGCAAGGUGGUGCUAUUGUUAAUGUUGGAAGUAUUGUUGGAUUAAAAGGCAAUGCAGGUCAAAGUGCAUAUAGUGCUAGCAAAGCAGGAUUAGUUGGAUUUUCACGCUCUUUUGCUAAAGAAGUAGCACAAAAGAACAUUCAAGUCAACAUGGUUGCUCCAGGCUUCAUUCAUACAGAUAUGACAGCCCAUUUGAAAGAAGAAGAGCUGAAAAAAACAAUUCCUCUUAGAAGAUUUGGUCAGCCACAGGAAGUUGCCCAAAGUAUUGCAUUCCUUUUAGAAACUCCUUAUGUAACAGGCCUUGUUUUGGUUGUAGAUGGAGGCUUGCAGCUUCUGAUUUAAACACUAUGAAUUCUACAUGAAAAGUUAUUCAGCAACUUUAAAAAUUCCGAAAGAGAUCUAAGCAGUAUCCUUCUUAUUACAUUUUAACUCAAAUUAAAAGAAAGAAAACAUAAUAAGGUUCUAUUUUAGUUGUGUUUGAAAAUAUAAGAGAGGAUUAAAAUAAAUAUAUUCUAAAAUCUA